GUCACGUGACUUUGGCUCUUUCCGCCCAGAGGUAUCUGCGAAAUGGAGGAUCGUGAAGCUAAAGAACCCGAGCAGCUCCGGAAGCUGUUUAUCGGCGGUCUCAGCUUUGAAACCACGGAGGAGAGUUUACGGGCCCAUUUCGAGCAAUGGGGAUCGCUUACAGAUUGUGUGGUGAUGAGGGAUCCCAACAGCAAACGGUCAAGGGGUUUYGGUUUUGUCACUUACUCCUCUGUGACCGAAGUUGAUGAUGCCAUGAGCGCAAGGCCUCAUAAAGUAGAUGGACGUGUUGUUGAACCAAAGAGAGCUGUGUCCAGAGAGGACUCCAACAAACCAGGAGCCCAUCUGACAGUCAAGAAGAUCUUUGUUGGUGGCAUCAAGGAGGACACGGAGGAGCACCACCUUCGGGAUUAUUUUGAGAAAUACGGGAAGAUUGAAACCAUCGACAUCAUGGAGGAACGCUCCACAGGGAAGAAGAGAGGAUUCUGCUUUGUCACCUUUGAUGACCAYGACACUGUGGACAAAAUUGUUGCUCAAAAAUACCACAUAAUCAACUUUCACAAUUGUGAAGUCAGGAAAGCUCUUUCGAAGCAGGAAAUGAAUGCCAUAUCCAGCAACCGAGGCAGAAGUGGAGGAUCAGGAAAUUUCAUGGGCAGAGGUGGUAAUUUCGGAGGAGGUGGUGGAAACUUUAGUCGAGACAGUGGCUACGGUGGAGGGCGUGGUUAUGACGAUGAUUUUGACAAUGGUCCUAGAGGGAAUUAUGGGGGUGGACCUGGUUAYGGAGGUAACCGAGGGGGCUUUGGAGGCAAUGAUCCAGGAUAUGGAAACCAGGGUGGAGGAUUUGGUGGUAGCAACUGCGAUGGAAAUUAUGGAGGAAAUAGAGGAGGUUAUGGAGGGGGUGGAAAUUACAAUGACUUUGGAAACUAUGGUGGGCAGCAGUCAAACUAUGGGCCAAUGAAGGGAAAUAACUUUGGUGGCAGAAACUCUGGUGGUGGACCCUAUGGUGGUGGAUAUGGCUCUGGAAACAGCGGCGGUGGCUAUGGAUCACGUCGUUACUGAUUAUUUGAUGUUUUCGGCUUCAGUUCUUAGCAGCAGAGGCGAGGAGGUGAGCAAAGGAGUUGUCAGGAAAGCUGCAGGUUACUUUGAGGCAGUCAUCUGAAAGCAUUAGAGGAACACAGAAGUCAGACUUUACUGCAGCUAAAUCGAAGAAGUUAAUGGAAGAAGGACUGUUUGAACAAGACAUGAGUGCAGACAUGAUGCCCUUCCCUAAUUGUGAUAGAUGUUUCCCGCUGAGGAAGUUUUCCUUUUUCUGCGUCUAAUGUGUGUGUUUUGUGCCUAUGGUAUCAGGGGUAAUAAGUAAAUUGUUUUCUUUUUUUACUUAUUAUUUUCAGUCAAUCCUAAUUUUUACGUUUUGCAAAAGUUAGUUUUCUGAUGACCAAUUAAUCUUUUAUCUUUUAAGUUGGUUGUUGUCAGAUAGCAUAGCUACAUCAGGCCCAUAGCUCAGCUACAAUUACACUUUUCCAAUUUUUGAAGUUAUUUUGGUUUUGUAAUUGCAAGUGACAAGUGUAUUUUGAUUGUGUAUGUAAAGCACAGUGUGUAAAUUCUUAAUAAUAUAAGUGUCAACAAAUGCAAACAGCCUGGCUAAGAUCCAAGGCACUCCUUCACCCUUCCUGUUCACAAUAAAUCAAAUUUGAGGUUGUUCAAAUAUUUUAAAUAGUUGGAAAAAAAAAGUCCAAAUAAAGUUGUGUAGUAAAAUAACAUGA